GAUAUCAGAGGUUCACAGAGGCAACUGGCCUCAUUCACCCAUUGUUGUGCAAAAUUCAACUUAUAUUUGCUUAUAGUAAUAAUCACAUAAAAUAAAGAAUACACUAAAGUCCACUUAAAAGUGGUAUAUGGUUUGUCUGAAGUUAAUGCAAUUUAAUUAAUAUUAACAUAUGUAUAAAAUAUUAAAAAAGGGGAGUCAGUGAAGCUAUGAUGGAAGCCCUGUAAAUCGGAAACUUUGUCGGGACAAAAGGUGCAAAAGGUUCACAGAAAUUCUGGAAUUACAUUACACUAUAUUUUGUUAUUAUCUCAGAAUGAUGACUUGGGUUUUCGAGAUUUAAAAUGUUUAUUUGCCUUGUGUGCAGGCACAUAUGAAUUCUUGUGCAAAGCUUCCAGUCAGUAAUUAUUUAAGGUUGUAAUGUCAUCAUCUUAAAUGUUUCUAAUACUAAUAAUAAUGAUACUACUAGUACUACUACUACUAGUACUAACAACAACAAUAAUUAAAAAUAUAUGUAUAUAAAUUGAUGUAGUGACAUAGUUGUACCACUUGAGGGCAGUAGCAAUAGUCAAUUCAAAAAAGUCGACUUUAUUUAGUUCCGGUGAAGAGGUCAUCGGGUUCUGAAUGAUAAAGUAGUGAAGAUAAAGUUAACAACAAAAAUGGAGUCCAGCGAGAAGGGCAGCCUCAGUGUCGGGGGCUCUGUGGGAGAGGAGAACUACUUCUUGGGAUACACCUUCACCGAUCGCUCGCACUCCAGCCGGGUGGUUAAGAGCAUCAUGGACUUGUGCCUGGAGGACGGCCUGUUUGCUGACGUCACCAUCACUGUGGACAGCAAAGAGUUUAACCUGCACCGUCUUGUGCUCUCAGCGCAGAGCAGAUACUUCCGCUCCAUGUUCACCUCUAACCUCAAAGAGUCCCACAACCGUGCUAUUGAGUUGAAAGAUGUCAGUGCCAGUGUCUUUCAACUGCUGGUUGACUACAUCUACCAUGGGACAAUCAAACUGCGGGUGGAGGAGCUUCAGGACACUUAUGAGAUGGCAGACAUGUACCAGCUGACUGCUCUGUUUGAAGAGUGCUCCCGCUUCCUCUCACGAACAGUGGAAGUCAAGAGCUGCCUGCAGGUUAUGUGGCUUGCAGACAGACACAGUGACCAGGAGUUGUACACUGCAGCCAAGCACUGCGCUAAAAUCCACUUGGCUCAAUUGCAUCAGACUGAAGAAUUUCUAAAUCUGCCUAUGUGUCUUCUCUUGGAUAUCAUCAAAGAUGGCGUUCCAAGCUCCCAGAAUCCAACACUGGCAAUCGAGUCGUGGAUAAAUCACAACAAGGUGGAGAGAGAGGAGUUUUCUUCUGUACUCCAAGAAAAUCUCAAGGAAAUUGGGGAGAAUGUCCACAUUUACCUGAUUGGCAAAGAAGAGACGAGGACUCAUUCCCUGGCCGUGUCACUUCACUGUGACGAGGACGAUACAGUCAGCGUGAGCGGACAGAACAGCUUAUGCCAUCAGAUCACUGCAGCCUGUAAACACGGAGGGGACCUGUACGUAGUUGGGGGGUCUAUCCCUCGUCGCAUGUGGAAGUGCAACAUGCAUACCAUGGACUGGGAGCGCUGUGCCCCACUACCCAGAGACCGCCUCCACCACACCAUGGUCUCUGUCUCUACUGAGGAUGCGAUCUACUCACUAGGCGGUAAAACAUUGCAGGACACACUUUCGAAUGCUGUCAUUUACUACACAGUGAAGGACAACAUGUGGAUAGAAACCAACCAACUGGACACUGCAGUGUCCGGUGCUGCUGGGGUUAACUUGGGUGGUACCAUCUACCUGCUUGGAGGGGAGGAGAAUGACAUGGACUUUUUUACAAAGCCAUCCCGCCUGAUUCAGUGCUUUGACACAUCCUCCCAGAAGUGCCAGAUCAAACCCUACAUGCUGCCGUUCGCAGGCUGCAUGCACGCUGCUGUCCACAUGGAUGUGAUCUUUAUUGUAGCAGAAGGAGACUCACUAGUGUGCUACAACCCUCUGCUGGAGAGCUUCACACGCCUGCGCUUCCCUGAGGUGUGGAGUUGUGUUCCGUCACUGUGGAAGGUGGCCAGCUGUAAUGGAUGCAUAUACGUGUUCAGGGACAAAUGUAAGAAAGGUGACGCAAAUACGUUAAAGUUUAACCCCGCUACGUCUGUCGUCUCAGUUAUCAGAGGGAUAAAAAUCCUGCUCACAAACUGGCAGUUUGUUUUGGCAUAAAAUGUCAUCCAUAAACUCACACUGUGGUCCACACACUCACCACAGAGAAUCAGGGAAGACUGUUGGAUAACUUACCAUGACUUCACGGGUCAGACAUCCGGCAAAGAGACCUGAUCUUAAAUGCAUUUACUCAGCUGGUUUCUGUGACACUUCACCUCCUGACCAGUGAAAACAUUUCAGUGGUAUGCAUCUAUUGUGGUACAGUGUGUC